AUGGGCGCCAGGAGACGCUGGGUCCAGGUGCUCAGGCGGCCGGGCAAGCAUGCUACCGUCUGCCUCGAUGGCUACCUGAGCAAGGACUUCGGCCACAACGACGACGAUGAGUGCCACCGGAGGGCAGCCGUGCAGCAUCUUGCGCUAUUUGUGCCGGGAGUCCUUUCUCUGCUUCGACGAUCAGCCGAAGACGCAAAGCGCGACGCCAAGCAAUGGGCGGCCUCAUCCGGCGAUGGCGAUUCCACGGUCGCCCACGUCGAGGAGGGCGAGACAGGCGAGGCGGGCGCAGAAUUUGCAGCGACGUAUCGGUCCAACAACAUCGGAGACGCAACGCGCCUGAUCGACGUCGUCCGAGGCGCAGUGGGCACGAAUCAGGUGACGGCCAAGUCGCCGGAGCUCAUGGCAAUGAUGCGGCAGCUCUGUCGAUUCCAGCAAUCGGCGCUCUGCUCAACGGCCGAGCUCGAGGCCAUCGCGAUUCCCGAACAAGGGUUGAGGUGCAUAAGCAUGCCAGGGCGGGUAUUUUCCGGGGCCGCACUACCGCCGCAGGAUCAGGUCAAGGCUAUCAAGUCGCAGCAGAUAACCGACUCCGACGAGACGGCUAGCGACGCAGAAGCGGGAAUGCGCGUCCAGCUUGGCCCAUCGACCUCCUUCUUCGCGGCGGGCAAGGAGUUGUCAACACGGCUAACGCUGAACAAGAGGCAGUCGAUCGCUUUCCUAAUAAUAUGCCGCCAGCUCGAUUUGAUGCGACAAACGAAUAGGGGCGAUGCCGGCCAGCUCUGCCAGUUCGUCGGCGACCAAGGGGCGGGCGGCGCGAACACAGCCAAGGACCUUGACGGGGUGCGGCUGACAAAACGGGCGGAGCGGUUCAUCCACGGCCAGUCUCGGAUGGACUGGCAGGAGAAGGACGUGCUUGUCAUCGACGAGAAAGAUUUCGGGGGAUCCCCAUCGUCCUCUUCUGCGGAGACUUUCAGCAGUUCCGCCGGUCCAGAGAGGUCGAUCGUCCUGCCGAGCGCGGCCAUCUCGUGGGACGUAGACAACUCGUUCAAGGCCGAGCAGCGGCACCAGCACGACAAAGCGCACGCGCUGUGGAAGAUUCGACGGUCGGUGCAGGACCGCACGGAUCUGGACCUCCUCAACUCAGGUGCUACCGCGAGGGCAGGCGGAUCCUUGGGAGACUGGCAUCACCGUGGUGACGCCGCUGAACAGGAAUCGGUGGAACCUAAACAUGGAGGCAAGCUUGGCGUUCCGGGUCCAGCAGCGGUCGACGAUGCGCAUCUUCAUCUCGAGCACAAGUGGAAUGAGGAGCUGCCGACCGAGGAAGAAGCGAUCAUGGUACUCAAUCAAGGCGACGAUAGCGCGAUCCCCGUGCCGGCCGUCUUCAUGUUCGUGGCCGGGAUGCCGGUCGUCGUGAACCACAACACCCAUCAGGGGCUGAAGCUGGUGAACGGCGCCGGCUACUCGGCGGUGGAGGUCAUUGUCGACAAGGCGUCCCCAGGGCAUCGAAUCUCGUCCGACAUGACGAUCCACUUCAGGCCGCCGGCGGAUAUUACUGGAAUCGGCGACGACAAAGGACCUCCACUUCAACGACGUCAGCCGGAAGGGAUUGCCGUGCGCAGCAGCCUGGCCUGCACGGACUACAAGGUGCAGGGCAGAACGCCAGAGCGCGUGGCCCUGGAGCCUGGGGGACACGGACGACGAAAGUCGAUGGAAGGGCCGUGCCUCGCAAUGCGACCCGUGCGGAGAGAGACUUUGGGCAACCGAGUCCCCGAAGAGAUGACCGCCGCGCAGGCCAGGCUGGAGGUGCUAAGCGAGAGGACUGUCGAGGAAGCUUUGCGUCGGUCGGAUGGCGACGCUGAAGAGUCAAGGAGAGUUGUCAGGUGA